AUGAUAGAGUUUUCUGUUGGUGGUAUUGCUCAUGGUCUGAUAUUUGUCUAUGCGGCAACAACUAGUGUGGCACGUCGUCCUUUAUGGUCUGCAAUUGAGCAAAUAAAGACAAGCUUCUCGGGUCCUUUGCUAUUAGUUGGUGAUUUCAAUGCGAUUUUAGGAGCCCAUGAAAAGACGGGUGGUAGACUACCUACUCGUGUUUCUUGUGAUGACUUUCAGCAUAUGGUGGAUGUGUGUCAUUUGACACAAAUUGAUCUUAAAGGGUCACCGUUUACAUGGACAAAUGGUCGAGGAGUUAGCUCACAUAUUGAAAUGUUGUUGGGCAGGUGCUUUUGUUCUAUUCCAUGGUUAGACUAUUGGCCGAUGACUAGUUGUUCCACUUUGGUUCGGCACUCUUCUGAUCAUAAUCCUCUCUUGAUUUCAUUCACCAAAUACAUUGCACAAGGUCCAAUUCCAUUCCGUUUUCAGAAGCUUUGGUUGGGGCACUCAGAUUUUCUUAAAAUUGUUCAAGUAGCAUGGCAAUCUUUUGUGGUAUGUGGUUGUCCUAUGUUUAUUCUACAAAGGAAGCUUAAGCUUUUAAAACCUAUUCUGAAGGAGUGGAAUGUUAAUGUCUUCGGUAAUGUUCAUACUGCUGUGGAUAGUGCACGCGCUGCUCUUGAAAAAAUUCAACUAGCCAUAUCUCUUGAUGGGUUUACUGAAGUGCGUCGUGUUGAGGAGCUUUUAGCCCAGGAUGCUUUAUCACAUGCUUUAUUGGUUCAGGAAAAAUUCUGGGCGGAGAAGGCAAGGGUGAGAUGGGCUAGGGAAGGUGACAGAAAUACUGGCUAUUUCCAUACUUUGGCAAAAAUUCGGAGAGCACGCUCCUCUAUCACUUCUCUUCGCAUUGGGAAUGACUUGGUGGAUGAUGUUAAUAUUUUGCGUGAUCAUGUUGUUCAGCAUUUUACAAGUGCCUUUUCAGAUGAUGGAAAUAUUGCUGAUACAGAUGUCAAAAAUGUUGUAUUUUCCAUGAAUGCUGAUAGUGCCCCAGGUCCGGAUGGUUAUUCUGGUCACUUUUUUCAGGCUUGUUGGGAUGUAGUUGGGUUGGAUGUGGUCCGUGCUGUUAGAUCUUUCUUUCAGUCAGACCGUCUUGCUCCUAUUGCUUCCAGGAUUAUAUUGCCGAAUCAAUUUGCUUUUUUGAAAGGAAGACAAAUCUCUGAUUGCAUUUUUCUGAUUUCUGAGUGUGUUAACUUGUUGGAUAAUAAAUGUCGUGGCGGGAAUGUUGCCAUUAAGUUUGAUGUAGCAAAGGCCUUUGAUACUCUGAAUUGGGACUUCCUUCGAAGGGUUCUUAAUGCUUUUGGUUUUCAUGCAACUUUUGUGGAAUGGAUUAGUUCUAUAUUGGCUUCAGCUCGGCUCUCUAUCUUAUUUAAUGGCUCUCCAGUGGGAUUUUUUAGUUGUAGCCGUGGAGUUCGACAAGGUGAUCCACUGUCUCCUCUUCUUUUUUGCCUUGCUGAAGAGGUUCUUAGCCGUGGUAUCUUGCGUUUGGUUGAUAUGGGGCAUGUCCAAGCUAUAUCCUCUCCUCGUGCUGUGAAAGUCCAUUCUCAUGUUUUAUUUGCUGAUGAUAUAAUGGUUUUUUGUAAGGGAGAUAAAAGAAGCCUACUAAAUCUUAUGGCUUUCUUUGAGGAGUACGGACUCAACUCGGGUCAAUUGGUGAACAAAACCAAGUCUCAUGUUUAUUUGGGGAAGUCAGCUCUUCAUCGUCGUACUCUAAUAUAUUCUUGGUUGGGUGUUUCAGUGGGUAAAUUGCCUUUCAUGUACCUUGGUGUGCCAAUUUUUGUUGGCCGUCCAAAGCGAAUUUACUUCCAAGUCUUGGCUGAUCGAAUUCGUAAUGCUAUGUCUAAUUGGAGAGGGCAUUCUCUUUCCAUGGCAGGACGGCUUGGCAAAUUAUUAUGUGCCAAAGUUUCUGAUUUCAUCAGAGAUGGCUCUUGGUAUUGCUCUACAAAUUUGAUUGCUGAUCUUUCUGCACUUUGGUCAGAAAUUUCAGCUGUUAGACUUCCUUAUUCAGACAUGGAGGAUAAGCUGGUGUGGUUGGAUUCUUCUGAUGGGAGUUUAUCUUUAUCUAUAGCCUAUGAGUUCAAGAGGAGUAAACAGGCAAUUGUUCUUUGGGAUAGAUGGUGCUCUUAG